AUCUCGGAUACGUACUGUCAAUACGCGUCUUGUAAGAACUGUUCGCAUUCUUCCUCCUCUACUAAGGUCGCAAGGCGUAUUCGCCGGUAUCCGAACUACGGAUGUGGGAACGCACGCUGCAGGAUCUCAUUCGGGGGCUCCGAGCCAACAAAAAAGAUGAAGCCAAGUUCAUCGCCAAGGCCGUUGACGAGAUCAGACAAGAAAUCAAGGGCGAGGACAUGGAGCUCAAGGCUGGUGCAGUACUGAAGCUCACCUAUCUUGAUAUGCUUGGCUAUGACAUGAGCUGGGCCUCAUUCCACGUCGUAGAAGUCAUGUCGUCUCCCAGAUUCCAUAUCAAAAGCGUUGGUUACCUUGCAGCCGUCCAGUCGUUCGACCAGGAUACUGAUGUCUUGAUGCUGACGACGAAUUUGUUGAAGAAGGACUUGGUUUCAACGCCGGCCGACCUCGCGGUAACGUUGAAUGGAAUAUCUCAUAUCGCUACUCCAGACUUGGCUCGAGAUCUCGCACCAGAGCUCAUCAAAAUGUUGAGCCAUUCACGUCCGAAUAUCCGAAAGCGCGCAGUCGUCGCUUUGUACAAGGCAAUGCUCAAGUAUCCAGAUGUAUCAUCAGAGGGAGUGUCGAGGCUAAAAGAACGAUUAGAGGAUGCAGAUCCCAGUGUCGUUGCUACCACCGUGAACGUACUUUGUGAACUAGCACGAAGGAGUCCUCAAGAUUACCUUACAUUGGCGCCUGUCCUAUUUCACCUCAUGACUACCUCAUCUAACAACUGGAUGCUCAUCAAGAUCAUUAAACUCUUUGGUUCUCUUUCCCCUCACGAACCUCGCUUAGUCCGCAAGCUUCAGCCGCCCAUAACGGAACUCAUAUCGACAACGUCGGCCAUCUCUUUACUUUACGAAUGCGUGCAUACUUGCAUUAUUGGAGGAAUGCUUCGAGAGCCCUCAGGAGAUUCUCUGGCUCGAUUAUGUGUUUCCAAGCUCGCAACAUUCAUUCAAGACGCCGAUCAGAAUCUGAAGUACAUUGCUCUCCUUGCAAUGGUCAAGAUUGUCCCUUCUCACCCCUACCUAGUGGCUGAAUACCAAGAUACUAUUCUAGCAAGCGUGAGCGACCAGGAUAUCAGUAUUCGCAUGCGUGCUCUUGACUUGGUAUCGGCCAUGGUCAAUCGAGAUAACCUUCAAUCAAUCGUGCAGCAAGUCCUCUCACAUCUAGUAUCUGGCUCGACAAUAGCGCCACUGCCAACCGCCUCUCAGUCUCUUGCUCAGCACCUGGAACCGUCUUCUCCACAGAGUGUUAGGCCCUACAUUCCGCCAUCAAAGGCGUACCGACUUGUCCUUUCACAACGGAUCCUCAAUAUGUGUUUCCAAGAUACUUACGAUAAUGUCACGAACUUUGAAUGGUACCUGUCGGUCCUCGUCGAUUUGGCCCAUGUAGCCAACGUCGAUGUUGGGUCCCAGAUUCGAGACCAGCUGGUUGAUGUGGUGGGACGGGUACGAGCGGCACGGCGAUAUGCUGUGAAGCUAAUGUACACGCUACUUAUCGACGAUACGAUGCUUCGGAAUGCUCAAGAUGAAGGUAGUUGUUCCGAGGUGCUAUGGGCAGCUGCUUGGAUAUGCGGUGAAUAUUGCAGUGAACUGGCUGAGCCCCAGAAGUUGCUUCCCUAUUUGUUGCAGCCCGAUAUAUCACAUUUGUCACCAGAUAUUAUCGCUGUUUACAUCCAAGCAGCAGCAAAGAUCUUUGGGUUUUGGGCAACCGAAGUUGCGCAACGUUGGACUGAGGACGAUCUGUCUGAGGUGAAAACCCUUGUUGCGACGGUCAUCAGUCGAGGGAGCGACUUCAUCAGCAGCCCUCAUAUCGAGGUGCAAGAACGGGCAGCAAACACUGUACAGCUCUUCCGCUUCAUACAGGCGGACCUUGACUCACAUCAUCCGAUACAAGAGACGCCAUUCGGCGAAGCUAGCUCGUCGUUCGAUCCCAUUGCUGAACCUCGCUUUCCUAAAAGUCUUUACCUCAUACAGCCCCUCUUCAGCACGUAUCAGCUCAACCCAGUUGGUGCCGCUGCACAGGAAAGCGUCCCGAUUCCCGAGGGUUUGGAUUUGGAUGCGUGGAUCAUUCCUCCAUCGCCAAAGCCCACCGACGAGCUGAAUGGUAAAGCGAAGAAGAGCAAGAAGGGAAAAGAAAAAGAGACCAACGGUGUGAAGAGGAAGAAGAAGCGGAAGGAAAGCAAUGGCCUAUUGUAUGACGAUGUGUUGACUCCUACCAGUGUCGAGGAGACUGUGGAGGAACAUGCAGAGCGAGAACGGCGCAAGGCGGAGAGACUGAAACAGCUCAAAGACGACCCGUACUAUAUCAUUGAAGACCAGCCUACUCCACCCAAUGAUGUGGAUUCAAUACCCGUCGUUCGACUGGAGGGGAUGCCAUCGCUGUCAGAACCAGAAGUUAUUGAUCCGCAGCUACCCACACUUCGCAGCAUGUCCGAGACAUCCCUGGGACCGGUCGUCAUCGACAAAGAUGGCGAGAUGCCUGAGGGCGCUAUGGUUAAAUCAGCAACAUCGACUCCCAGGAACAUAUCUACACCUUCGCGGGGAACGCCGCCGCCACCGAUAACCUCCUUCCCUCAAUAUGAUGUGCCUGAUAAUGAUACCCGGACGAGUACACCGGAGCCUAUCAAAGUUACGAGGUCGAAGAAGAAGAAGACGGGGACAGGGAAGAAGAAACGGACGCAAGUAUUAUCUGACCAGCCUUGAUACACAUGAGAUUGUAAAUCUUCUUAUAGUAACCUUUACAUAUAUAUCCAGAAACUUGGCCCCGA